AUGUUGUUGAUGAGAGUAGUUUUCAAAUACGCACUUGCUUUCAUCAUCAGUUGCACCUUUGCCAAAUCAAGCACCAAACCAGCUAAUGCUGUUGAGGGUAUCACUUCAGCAGCACUUCCAAAUGACACAUCAAACAACCCAAAACUUAACCUUCAUAUAGAGAUUGACUUGCAAGAAGUUGGAGAUGAUUUGUUGGAAAUAUUACCAAAUUCAUCAUCAUCAGAAGAAGUAACUGGAGAUAAUUUGACCUUGUUAUACAAGAAAUUGAUAAGCAUUAAAGACUCCAAAGUAAAAAUUUCAACGAUUAAUCUGACAGAUAAGCCAAAUAUUUUCCAAAUAUUGAAUCUGUAUACCCAAGCUUCACAUGUGGUGCAAUUUAUCACCUUUCCUAUAACCUAUUUGCGAAAUCAAAUUGAAAGUGGCUGGAGUUAUCUUGCAAACGAAUUCGUCCAAGAGUGGAAAAAAGAUCUCAACAAACAAAUCCAAGCUGAUCUAGAGAGGGCUACAUUUAGCGGUCAAGACGGUCAUAUCCAUUACAGCUUCAGACCCACUACAAAUUUUGCACAUGAAAAUCUUGUUGAUUAUGCAACAAUUAGGGACAUAUUACAUAAACGAAUUGAUAGGAUCAAGCAAAGUGAAGAUGGGGUCUUUUUUAAACCUUCCCAAUACAGUUGUUUUCUUAUAAUGCGAGGAAAUAAGCUUCGUGGCGAUACAUGGGUGGGCACUGUUCUAUUUGGAGGUGAUCGUGGUGUAUCCACUGCUGUUUGCUCACUAAUUCUCCGAACGGCUUAUGAUGUUGAUGUGAAGAGGUUGUUUUGGCAUAGUUCUGGAAAAUAUUUGGGAACCUAG